AUGACGCCCUUACCUGAGCAGCCUAUGGCUGAACAACCACAUAAAGUGGAAGGAGAAAAUAAGGAGAAUACUCCUGCUAAUGAGAAAACUGGCAAUUAUUAUAAAGGUAUAAAACAAUAUGUGUUUACAACACAAAAUCCAAAUGGCACACAGUCUGAAAUAUCUGUGAGAGCAACAACUGACCUGAAUUUUUCUCUAAGAAACUAACCAACCCAGAGUCCAAAUGAGCCUGCAUUUUGGAGAAUGUUAGCUAAAGCUAUAAAUGCAACCACCAAUGAGGACAACCAAUGAGAUCAAUUUUUUCACCCAAUUCCAAACUCUGAUGUGAAUGCUACAGAUGAAGACAACCUGGCAGAACUACAGGAAGCCAAAUUAAAGUUAAUGCUGGGCAUCUCGUUGAUGACUCUCUUCCUUUUUGUCAUCCUCUUGGCAAUCUGCAGUGCCGUGCUGUACAAAAUGAAGACAAUGAAAUAUAAAAAAGCUUGUCAGAGUGGUGAAUACUCUGUCAACCCAGAGCUGGCAACUCUUUCUUACUUUCAUCCAUUAGAAGGCAUAUCAGACACAUCUUUCUCUAAGACUGCUGAGAGCAGCACAUUUUGGGGCACCACUUCUUCAGUUAGGAAAUCAGACACAAGGUCAAAAUCUAGGACAACCGACAUGGUAUCCACAGGCUCAGAUGAGACAGGCAUGAAUGAUGAGUCAGACUUCAGACCCCAGGGGUCGGUGCCAGCGUUUGUGCUGCCAGUUCAGGCACAGGGAAAUGCGGUGGGAACUGAGUGA